ACCACCGAGCUUGUUAGAUCAAGGAGUUGGAUGAGUCCUGCCGCCAAUGGAGCGCGGCAAAAGUAGCUUGCAAGGAGUUGGAGUUCCUAGCUUGCAAGGAGUUGGAGUUCCUAGCGGAGUUGUAGAUCAAGGAGUGAGUCAAGGAGCAGCUGCUGGUACUGCACUCCCUCCACUUCGAAAAAGGAAACUUAAUGCUAGUGGUAGUAGAAAAACUUCUACGGUUUGGGAAGAGUUUAACAUUUUACCGGAUGAGCCUGAACCUAUAGCCGCGUGUAAACACUGUCAUAAAAGGUACCGAUGUGACCCUAAAACACAUGGUACUUCUAACAUGCUAGCUCACUCGAAAGUGUGUUACAAAAACCCUGCCCUUUUGUUGAAAGACCCCAAUCAGACAAACCUUGUAAGCGGCGAGGGUGGGUUUUUAGUUCCAACUAGUCAAAGGUUUAAUGUUGCAGCCUGUAGGAAGGCCAUUAAUACCUUUGUUAUCCUUGAUGAACAUUCCUUUAGAGUGGUUGAGGGUGUUGGUUUUAAGCAAAUGUGUAAACAAUUGCAACCCCAAAUGGCUAUCCCUACUAGGAGGACCGUUGCUAGGGAUUGUUUUCAGCUUUACCUAGCUGAAAAGUCACGUCUUAAAGCCUUUUUUAAAUCUGAUUGUACUAGGGUUGCACUAACCACAGACUGUUGGACUUCGAUACAAAACCUUAGUUAUAUGGCCACCACUGCACACUUCAUUGACACUGCUUGGAAGUACCAAAAAAAAUUAUUAGUUUCUCUUUAGUUCCAAAUCACAAAGGUGAUACCAUUGGCAUGAAAGUCGAGGACGUUUUGAGGGAAUGGGGGCUUAGGAAAGUGUCUACAAUUACCCUGGAUAACGCAACAGCAAAUGAUGUGGCUGUGAGUUAUUUGGAUAGAAGACUUAAGAGCAAGAAUGCUUUACUGGGUGUAGGUGAUUAUUUGCAUAUGAGGUGUGCUGCCCAUGUCUUGAACUUGGUAGUGAGAGAUGGUGAAAAAGAA